CAUGGCGUCGCCUGCGGGAGAGCGAUGGAGAGACGCGCUUAAAAAGCAUGAUAUCUUCAAGGGAUUACAAGAGAGGCUUUAUUUAGAGCCUCAAGGCACUAGCAAAAGAAUAGACAAGAAUCUUUCGUUCUGUCUGAAUAGUGAUCUGUUUAUUUGGGAUAGUGUUAAGAGUGUGUUUUACACCACAAACCUGCGACAUCUGAACACCGAGUUAGAUAUAAAUACGUCCAGAUAUCAGACUCUGCUUUGCAUCAAUCCGCCGUUGUUUGAAGUGUGUCAGGUGUUGAUCAGUCCCACGCAGUAUCAUGUGGCUCUCAUUGGCCAGCGUGGAGCGACUGUACUGGAGUUGCCACAGCGCUGGGGCAAAAAGUCAGAGUUUGAGGGGGGACGCUUGGAGAUCAACUGCAAGACAAUUCCUGUGGCUGAAAGGUUCUUUACCAGUGCCGCCUCUGUGACGCUCCGACAGGCCGCUUGGUAUCCCAGUGAAACUGAGGAGCCUCAUCUAGUUUUGCUGACCUCAGACAACACAGUCAGGUUUUAUAAUCUUAGGGAGCCACAGUCCCCUGCAAAAGUUUUGCAUGUUUCUCAGUUAGAUGAGGACAGCAGUAUCCAUACAAGAGGGCGUUCUUAUGCAGCAUCUCUGGGUGAAACUGCUGUAGCAUUUGACUUUGGACCGCUGGCUGAUUCUCCACGUCAUCUGCACAUGAAGCAAGACCUGUUGGUUUACCCACUCUACAUUUUGUACGGAAAUGGAGAGACGUAUCUAAGCUAUAUCUCUCUCACACACGGUAAUCUGGGGAAGCCGCUGGGCCCUUUAUCCAUGUACCCAGUGGCAGAAGAUAACUACGGCUAUUACGCGUGUGCUGUUCUCUGCCUGCCCUGUGUGCCAAACAUCCUGGUUAUUGCCACUGAAACAGGAACGCUGUACCACUGUGUGGUGCUGGAAGCUGAGGAUGAUGAGGAGGGCCGUGCUGUAGAGAGGUGGUCCAGAGGCUCAGAAACAGUCCCAUCCCUCUAUGUGUUUGAGUGUGUGGAGCUGGAGCUGACGCUCAAACUGGCCGCUGCUGGGGAGGAAGAGGAGGAGCCGCCAGAGUCAGACUUCACCUGUCCAAUCAGAUUGCACCGAGAUCCUCUGUGCCAGCACAGGUACCACUGCACCCAUGAAGCCGGCGUGCACAGUGUUGGACUCACCUGGUUCAAAAAACUGCAGAUGUUUCUAGAGUCUGACGAGGAGGAUAAAGACAGUCUGCAGGAGCUGGCAGCAGAACAGCGCUGCAUAGUGGAGAAUAUCCUGUGCACUAAACCUCUCGCUUACAGUUCACCGGCUCCUAUCCGUGGGUUUUGGAUCGUGUCGGAUCUGUCCCUAGGGGCCACCAUGAUGUGUGUCAUGAAUAACUACGAGUGUCUUUUACUCCCUCUGCUAAGUUCUAUUCGUCCCCCCUCUCCUCCUUUGCUGUGUUCUCAUCCGGGGGUGGGGUCAGGCAGCUCUCCUCUACGUGGAUUGGCCGAAGACUCCUUUGAGCAGCAUAUUCGCAACAUCUUGGCGCGUAAUUCAACCAACCCUUUAGUGCUGAGAGCUGGGGAUAAGGACUCUUCACCCCCUCCUCCAGAGUGUCUGCAGCUGUUGAGCAGAGCCACACAAGUGUUCAGAGAGGAAUACAUCCUAAAACUGGGCCUGGCACAUGAGGAGGUGCAGAGAAGGGUGAAGCUCUUGAACGGACAGAAGAAGAAACAGUUGGAUGAUCUGGCUCUUUAUAGCGAGGAGAGGAAAAGUCUGCGGGAGACUGCAGAGCGACUUGCAGACAAAUGCGAAGAUGCCAAGUACCGCCAGGAAGCUAUAAUGAACAGAGUAAAACAGGUUUUAGGAAGUCUGCGCAGUCAACUUCCUGUGCUGUCAGACAGCGAGAAGGACAUGAGGAAGGAACUCCAAACCAUUCACGAUCAAAUCCGUCACCUAGACAACGGAAUUAAACAGGUCAACAUGAAAAUGGAAUACCAGAACAAGCAGAUGAGCACCGGAGCUUCUCCUGCUCGCUCCAACCUCACACUCAACGCCCACCAGAGAAAGUGUGUCCAGGGGAUUCUCAAAGAUCAGGGAGAACACAUCGCUGGCAUGAUGAAGCAGAUCAAGGACAUCAAAAAUCAUUUUAGUUUCUGAACACCAGCGAUUAGCUAAGGCCAAACUAAUUAGACUUUCAUUUAAUCAAAUUCAAGAAAGCUACUUUAGUCAUGUCAUAUCUCCAUAGACUUGGGUAUCUUUAUGGCCCCUGUUUAGAAAUAUUUUAUUCCGUAAGACCAUAACCGGUCGGUUUCAAAAGGUCUUCAAGAGAUUAGCCAACAUUUUUGUAUAAACUAUUUUUAAGUGCUGUGUGCACAUCUCAUGGACAAUAAAGUGUUUUGUACAUUAUGAAUAUUUCCUGCAUGUUUUUCUUUAAGAAUUUAUCAGUUUGUGAAGUGUCAGGCAUCCAUGUAAUUUCCUGAAUAAACACAAUGGCUUAUCUGA